UACUCAUACUCACACUCACACUCACACUCAGAAGCAUCCCUCUCCCCCUCCAGUUCUGCCCUCCACCACCGCCAGGAUGCUGCUUUUGCUGCUGGGGAUCAUCGUGCUCCAUGUCACCGUACUGGUGCUCCUCUUCGUCUCCACCAUCGUUAGCCAAUGGCUGGUGAAUGGUGGGCACACGGCAGACCUCUGGCAGAACUGCACCUCUGGUAGCGUCUUCCACUGCCUGACAUCAUCCACAAAUGAAUGGCUGCAGUCUGUCCAAGCGAUGAUGAUCCUCUCCGUCAUCUUCAGCGUCUUGUCCCUGUUCCUCUUCUUUUGCCAGCUGUUCACGCUCACCAAGGGCGGGCGGUUUUAUGUUACUGGAAUCUUCCAAAUCCUUGCUGGGCUCUGCGUGAUGAGCGGCGCGGCCAUCUUCACAGUGAGGCACACGGACUGGCACGAAGCCUCGGAGAACACCUCCUAUGGCUUCGCCUAUAUCCUGGCGUGGCUGGCCUUCCCCCUGGCCCUGGCCAGCGGCAUCAUCUACGUCAUCCUACGGAAGCGGGAGUGAUACCACGGGAGGCAGCGUGGCGUGACAAGGGCACUCAUGACAUCCACGGAGGAGACGGAGGCGGGGGAAAAUAGACGAGAAAACGGAAAACAAAAUUAACCCAAAAAAAGGGGAAAAAAAAAAAAAAAGGAAUAAACCCUCCCACCAAAACCAAACCCAACCGACCCCAAAAGGAAA